AUGGAGACCACGGCAAUGGUCGACUCAGGCGCAACAGCGCUAUUUCUUGAUCAGCUCUUCGUUGACCAACACAAAAUCUCCACUUUCCCUCUCCGCUCCCCCAUACGCAUCACUAACAUUGAUGGCUCUCCGAACCGAGCAGGCAAUAUCUCGCACUUUGCCCGACUACGCCUC